AUGCAGAGGCAGAAGAAAAAUGAAAAAUCCGUUCCUGGGACGAAGAAAAUGGAAGCAGGAGCGGCUGGGGUGAGUAAGGGUUCCCAGGCUCGCUCCCCUGCUUCCAAACCCGCCUCGCGGCUUGUUUCGCCGCUUAAACUUUCGUUGGUGGCGUCGGGGAAAUCCCUCCCUACCUCCCUCCCGGUCUCCCGCCCGGUCUCCCUCCCCAAAACUUAUGCCUGUGCGGCCGCGACCCGUCCGCAGCUUCCUGAGGGCGGCGGGACCGCGACCGCACUAGCCGGCACUCCUGUGUGCGGCUCAGAGUGCUCCGAGCACUCGGCAUGCUCGGAGCACAGUGCUGUGUCUCCCGCGAGUGGCAAGGACCUCCCUGCAAGCCGCUCGCGGUCUCACUCCAGAGCAGCCCGGUCGCUCACUUACAAAAGCGACCGGGUUGCAAGUAAAGGGGAGGGCAGUGCGAGGUCACGCUCCCCGUCGGGAUCCUCAGCCUCCAGGCUGUCGGUCCCGGAGGGGGGGGCCUCUGCUGUCCGACCCAAAGUAUUUAAAGGGGCAGCAAGGGCUACAAUAAGCCCAGAUGAAAAUCCUAUGGAAAUAGGGGCUGAAGUGCUCCAAAAAAGUGCCUUCUCUGCACUACCACAGAGAACACGUUAUGUUGCCACAACAAAGAUGGCUGACAGUCCAGAUACUGUAUUUUCCACUUCCAAGAUGGCCGCUGCCACCUCCAUUAUGGCUACUACCACAUUUAAAGCUGCGACCUAUAAUCCUAAUAUGCCACCUGAAUUGGCAGCAGACCUGCCACCGUCAGCUGGCAUGAUAAUUCAACUUAUUAAAGAUUUGAGAGUUGAUUUGAAAAAUGACUUUAAAAAUGACUUUGACACAUUAUAUGGAGCCAUGGAGGGCAUUAAUCAGCGUACAAAAAUAAUAGAGAAUAAAUUGCACUCUCAAGAGCAAUCUCAUCUGGAUCUGGUUGAAACCGUAAAAGAGCUCCAAAAGCAAGUGCACCAACAAGCAGAAAAGCUUGCCGACGCUGAGGAUAGAAGUAGGCGUAAUAACCUAAGGAUCAGGGGGAUCCCAGAUAAUAUCGAUUCUCAGGAAUUACAAAGCUAUUUCCAGACAAUGGUGAAGUCAGCUCUACCAAACGUAAAAAAUGCGGAUUUAUUACUGGAUCGCAUCCAUAGAUUGCCCAAACCCGGCAAUGCACCUCAAACUGCACCCAAAGACGUGAUAGUGAGAUUCCACUACUAUCACAUUAAAGAAGAAUUUCUAGGUGCAGUACGCACGUCAGGUCUCACAGGAGAUUACAGCAGCAUGAAGGUCUUUCAAGACUUUUCUGCUCAAACAAUGAAGCGACGCAGGGAAUUUCAACUUUUCACUGCGGAGCUAAGACGAAGAGGGAUAAGAUAUAG